AUGAAGAGUAGUAAUAAUAUACCAAUAGAAUUUAAUUGUGAAAAUUUUGGAUUAAAAAAUUUUCCAGUAGUUGGUUAUCCACUUAAUGUAUAUAAAGGAAAUUUUAAAAAUCCAAUUUAUAAAAGAGAUAUUAGGAGACAAUUCCAAUCCAAUCCAAUUAUUGUAAAAAAAUGUUCUAGUCCUACAUUUUUCAAAGUUCCAAGAUAUAGAUUAAAUUAUGCUCAUAAAAAAGUUCCUGUUCCUGUUUUUCAUAAGAUUCCAAAGAUUGUCGAAAUUCCAGAAAUUAGAGAAAUAACUAAAUUUGUAGAUUCUGUAAAAGUUGUUGACGUUCCAGUGGAACAAGUUAGAAUUAUUCCCAAAUUAAAAAUAAGGGAAAUUGAAAAAGUUAGACAUGUUCCAGGUCCAGUGGAGUAUAUAGAUAUUCCACAAGAGCAUAUUGUCCAUAAACCAUAUACAGAAGUAGUGGAAAAAAUUUACGAAAUACCUGAAAUUGAAGAUAUUGAAAUCGAGGUACCAAUUUAUGUACCAACACCAAUUGGCCCUCCAAAGGAUAUCCAUAUAAAUAUCCCUUUACCUUAUGAUGUUCCACAAUUUUGCUUUAAACCAGAUAAAAGUAUACCUCCCACAAUUUCCUUUCCUGAAUUUCACAAUAUGAAUAAUAUUCCUAAUAUUUAUUUUCAAAACGAGAGAUUUAGGGAAAAUUCACCAAAAGUAGAUAUUUCCAGAAAGCAUAAAAAAGUUAUGUAUUCAUCACCACCAAUAGAAUAUAGUAUUAAAAAUAAAAAAAUAAAUGAAAACAAUGCAAAUGAAAACUUUUAUAAUUAUAAUCAACAAAAUUUCGAUAAAAUUCCCAAAGAAAAUAUAUAUUACAAUAAAUAUAAUAUUAAUUACGACAAUAUUAGUAAUACUCAAUAUAUACCAGAAAAAAAUAAUAAUGACAGUUCACCUAAUCAAAACGAAAAAUAUUAUUAUUCCUAUUCAUCAUAUAAUAAAUAUGAUGAAAAUAACACAGAAAAAAAUAUUCAUAACGAUAAUUAUAAUAAAAUAGAUUAUUCUAAUAAUUAUGAAAACAACAAAAAUUAUAUAUAUGAUGAAUAUGAAGAUAAGAAUGGUUACGAUAAAAAUAUUAUAGCAGAACUUAUAGUACAAAAGAAGAAAAUUUUGCAUAAUUAA